AUGGCAGCAGCGCCGAUCCUACCGACAAUCCAAGGCCAUCUAUACGACGGUGGCAAUCUAUGCAUUAGACAUACGUCUAAGGCGUGUGUCCGCGAUUACACGGAAGGCCUUCAUGACCAUUCCUUACACAGCCAAGCCAGCCGUGCUAGCCACAGUGGUCACGAAAUGAAAAUGUGGUUUCAUGGAGGAUGGGAUGAAGUGAUAUUAUUUGAAUUCUGGCGCAUCAGUUCUUUUUCAGGGCUUAUACUAUCGUUUAUUGCGAUCUUCGUUAUGGGUGCAAUAUACGAGGGUAUCAAAUGGUUUCGUGUGUACCUGCAAAUGAUCAGUUCUACGAGCGAGUUCGUUUCUAACGAAAGCGGAAUCCUAAUAUUUCUAUUGAAAGUUAUGCCAAAUGUCAAGGAUUUUUAUAGCCCUUUCACUCACGCGCAUGCAUGUUCUUCGAUGCGUCUCCUUGAAGCGUUUCUCUAUGUCGUGCAGCUUGUUCUAGCAUACUGGCUAAUGUUGAUAGUAAUGACAUACAACACAUGGCUAAGUGAGAUUUCCUGUUUUCGUAUCUUUGAGUUUUUCAUGAAAUCUGCUCGUGAUUCAAUGGCUGUUAUUGGAGGCGCUGGUUUCGGCCACUGGCUGUUUGCUGUUAUUAAAUUCAGGAAUCCAGAAAGCGAGACAGCCGAUACAUUCGCUACUGACGCCUGCCAUUAA